AUGCUUUUCCCAUCGCUAUCUCGCAAAGGCAGCAGCCCGUCUCAAGCUCAAGCUCAUACUCAAACUCAUACUCAGCCAACGCCUCCCAUCGUCGUAAUCCCCGCCCCGCAUGGAGAACAGACGGGACGCAAGCACAAGUCCAGGUACACGGGAAGCGACACCCCCAGCAGCGCCGGCCACGCAUCCUCGGUGCACGCUGCGUCCUCCCAGCGAGCACACGAGGCAUCUCUCAGAGCGAGCACGAACUCAAGGGGGACUCGCCCGGCAUCAGCCGUACCGUCGCACGUCGCCAGCUCGCACACCAGCUCCCGGCGCAGCGCCAGCGCCCACAAGCCAGCAAGCGUUGGCGGCGGCGGCAUCUCUGCACAAACGUAUCAUGCUUCGCCGUCGUACGCUGGAUCCUACACGUACAGCGCUCAAGCGCCGCCGGUGCGCUCUCCAACACAGGCUCAGAAUCGGAACCACCCAUUCCGCCCUCUCCGCGCGGGAUCCGUGUCUGGGCAGAGCUACACAAGCCAGCCACAACCCGCCGCGCCCGCCCGCCAGCCUCCGUAUGCGUAUCACCACGACGACAGAACAGCGCGCUGGGUAGGCUCUCAGCAGCUGAGCGCUGCAACUUCGCACCACACUGCGCCGUCGGAGCUCGGCUCUGCCCAUGGUACUCAGAAAACGUGGGCGGAACAUUAUCCACAGCGCGCGCAGGGCGCGGAGGAGUGGGUUGAGACGAAGCGCAGGAUGACGGUGCGCGAGCGGCGUGAUGGGCCGGAUGGGCCUGUGUAUACUUCGAUGACGAGGACGUAUGAGCGCGCGGAGCCGCGUGUUGUUCCGAUUGUGGCUCGUCGAAAAUAG